GCUGAGUGGAGAAGAUUUCUGUAUGUAGCUGCAAUAUCUGACUCGUGCCUUAAUUUAGCAACUUGAUGUGCCUCCCUUCCCCUACCUAUGCACUGGGCUCUCUGCAUUGGUACUGCUAGUACUGUACCUCAGGGACACAAGGCUCAGCCCUGAAGAGUGGUAAAUAAGAACCUCCCUCACGUUUGCAUACCCCUUGAGUGACUGACAAGUGAAUUUCAUUAUCUAGUGUGCAAACUGGUUAGUGUGCAAACUUUUAUUUUCUUAAAAAAUCAAUUUGCAAAUGUCUUGUCUUCCUGUCUCUGCAGCGCAGUCCAUGGGAACUAUGUUCUUAUGCUUUAAAAACUGGAAGCCAUGUGCGUGUUGCCAUUUCUUGAGUUGGAAGUGUCCAAGAGAGGGGAAAAAAUGGAUAAACAAAACACUUUAUAUGACCUGCAUGUUAAAGACAGAUUCACGCUUUCUUUCCCUGGUCUUCGUCCCUGCUCCUCCCCCUCAGCCUUUCCAUUUGCUUUUUUUCUUCUGGAAGAUCCAGCAAGCUGAACGUGAACCAGCAUCAACAGUCUUUCUAAAGAAACUCAGAAAAUUAACUCUACUGUUACAUUUCUAUGUUAUUUGCUACAUGGGAAUUUUUUACCCAUUUUUCAAGAAUAAUGUACUCUUCACUACAGGAUGUCUUCACUUUUACUGCCCACGUGCCACUUCAAAGAAGUAUUCAAGUCCUACCCAAUCCCGCCCCAUUCAAUCUUCCUGCCGCAGUUAUGAGAAGGUAGUGUUUGAACACUGUUGGAGAUCACUGGAUCUUCUUGUCUCCAGGAACAGGGUUUCUGUUGAUUAGAUUCACUGCGUUUCUCAUUCAGGUCUGUAGCAACAUUGCCAAUGCUGUUAAUACACAGGAGCUUGGUGAUCGCAUCUCAAAGGUUAGUGUAAAUGUGUUAGGGGAGGGGGUUGGGACUGAUCAGAUAGAACAUACUCAUUUAUGAUCACUCCUCUAGAGUGAGUGUUUUCAGAUACACUUCUUGGGGGUUCUUUCCCAGUCCUGACAAAAUUUGUCUAGUGUUUAGUAAUCAUGGCUAUGUUGUUGGAAUGAUCCAAACUGUGAACUAGUCAGAGGUGGACAGUAAGAAAGAUAUAAUGUUUUUGAUGUUUAAAAAGUUUUGCUUUUGCUUUUUUAAUUUGUCUUUUAUGCAUGUGAGUAAUCAACCUGACUGACUGUGCUAAUGAUGGAAUUAGAGGAUGCCUGUUUUACAGAGGGUCUGACAGUUGGAGAGAGCAGGAGGAGUAAAAAUGCUACUCGGAUCGUAAGAUACGGAGUGCCUGCUGGCUCAGUGUGGGGGACUGACAAGGAGUGAUUAUGCCUCAGCGUGUAGUGUGUGGGAUGAGGAAAAAAUGCUUUUGUAGCUAUCUAGAGUUACCUGCAGCUUUCCAGGCCUUCUGAAAUUACCUGUGCUGUUCCCUGGGUGACCAGGAAGCUCUAGCCAGUCCCCCUAGAAUUCGCCAGUGUUGAAGCCAGAGAGGAUUUUAUUAAAGUCAGAAUCGUUUUUAAAGUAGUCAUUCAGAUUGCAUUGGGAAAGGCAUGCUCAAGGUCUUAUUGCCAGGCAGAAAAGCGUCUAGUUUGAAGAUGAAUAGGUGUGAGAUGGAAAACGCCCUUUCAGGAAGCCCUGUGGUAUGAGUGAGUGGGUAUAUCUGAAGAUUAAUAUCAAGAAGAACGAUUUGUAAAUGCUCCAUAAAGUACUAUGUGGUUAAUGUAACUUGUGAAGAAUAAAAUAUUUGGACACUUUGUUUGUCAUCCCUUUUGCCCAGAUGACUGAAAUGAGAUCCAUAAACCUGGGGCCUGGGACUGGCUGGCUGGCUUGGGCGCGCCGGGCCCAAUCCCGCUCUGGUACCAUGUAGUUAGGCUGUUGCAGCUGUUUCCAGCUUUGCUGAGUGCAGAGAUUUUUGUGCAGGGUCAGAGCUCUGCCUUCUCAGUGCAAUGACAGCUGAUAGACACAACCUACAUACUUGAUUUACACUCCUAUUAUAGUCUCUGGUUCUUCAUUUUCCCUGCUGAAAUGCUCCUCUCUUGUGUUUUGGCAGAACGGCAGAGAGGUACUCUUUCUUUCUGCAUCUGCCUCCCCAGUUCCCUCGAUCUCAAGUUCUCUCUAAUCUGGCUUUUGUAACCUAGCAGAAAGGGAAGGUUCAGGUGGCCUGUCUCACUGCCGGGGACUGUCAGACAGUCUGGGAGGAAAAAAGUUCAAGAAUUGUCCAAAAGAAGAAAAUUGCAGAAGGGGGAUUUCUGCUUUUUCAGGACUCCGUUUGCCCUUUCCUUUCCCUGCUUGCUCUUUUGCACCUCUAGAUCUUUUUUUUUAAUGCCACUGGAUUCGACACGCAGCUCCACGUGGGGAAGUGCUGCUGACGCUGUAAGGCUGUGUGGCCGUCCUCGAUGGAGAAGGAGGAAAGACUGGCUGGCAGAGUGUGCCACAGGUUUUGGAUAGCUGUGUGCAGCUCUUGGUAAUAUCUGCACCUCUGUAGCGCUGUGUCUGCGGUUGAACUUGAAGCAGAGAGUGGACAGUCUCCUUGCAGCAGAGGGGGUUUCCUUGUAGAUUCUUAGUGUGGGUUUUGUUUGUUUAUUUUUUGUUUUUUAACUUCUCUGCGGAGCAUGCUGACAGCAAGAGAACUGAUUUCUAGAUUCAUUUCCACUUUCUAAGGGCCUUCUGCAGUUAGCCUUUUGUGCUGUACCUGCAGUGCUGUAUUUUAAAUGAAUGGAUUUACUUUUUCCUAAAUAAAAGCAGCCAAAAAUCUACUCAACUAUGGACUCCAUGAGAGUAGCAGCUGAUGGCUCUUCUUUUUCUGUGAAUCUCUUCAACAACGGUUCCGCAGCAAAUCUGCGGCUUACGGGUUUUCCUGUGCUCGGCUGGAGCGUUGAGGUUUAGCCGCGUGGGGCCGAGGCAGCGACGUGCCGCCACUGCUUGUGUUAGAGGUCAGCAUCGGGGGGGCGUGUCUGCGCGGGGCCCCAACCAAGCUUGCGGUUCCGCAUUUCAUAUGCGCCUUGGCAUUUGAAGUCAGGACAGAAAUGUCCCUUUUCCCAGAGUGCUAAUUUGUUCACGUCACAGGUGGGGCAGUCGGCUGAGACUUGCUGUCGCAUCUGAGCGCCAGUCCGUGUCGGGAAUGGCUUAUUCUGUCCCGUUAUUUGUCAUGCUCUUCUUUGCAGGGCUAUUUUGCGGAGGAAGGAGCUGGACGGAGAGCUGGCAGGGAAACCCUGGGAAAAGGCGAGCCUGGCUGUGCCCCUCUACCCCGAAGCCCUGCUCCUCUGCCCCCGCAGGGCGUCGCCCUACUGAGUGCAGGAGCAGAUUUCCCUUGAUGUUUGUCUGUGCUGUUGCCUGCUGAUGUAACCGUUUUAGCAGCCGCCUGAGGGACUCCCAUCAGCUUGCUUUUGCAGAGCCCUUGGCAAGGAACAUUCACCAGGAAGCGCAAUGAAGAUCGUGAUAGCCAAAGUGCUAUGUCUGCUGGGCGUCUGUGUCCUCAUGCUGGUUGGGUCCCUCCUACCCGUCAAGAUAAUCGAGGCAGAUUACGAGAAAGCUCAUCGCUCCAAGAAGGUCAUUGCCCUCUGCAAUUCUUUUGGAGGAGGGGUCUUCCUGGCCACCUGCUUCAAUGCCUUGCUGCCAGCUGUGAGAGAAAAGCUCAGUGAAGUUCUCAGUCAGGGGAAUGUGACCACGGACUACCCCGUGGCUGAGACCAUCAUGAUGAUUGGCUUCUUUAUGACAGUCUUUGUUGAGCAGCUCAUCCUGACCUUCCAGAAGGAAAAGCCUUCCUUCAUUGACUUGGAGACCUUCAACGCUGGCUCAGAUAUCGGGAGUGACUCUGAGUAUGAAAGUCCCUUCAUAGCAUCUUCCCGAGGGCGCACGUUGUACAGCGAGCACGGUCACCACUCCCACAGCCAUGGUUUGAACAUACAGGAGCUCUCGCGGUCCAGUCCCUUACGACUCUUCAGCCUGGUAUUUGCUUUAUCUGCACACUCCAUCUUUGAGGGACUGGCCCUGGGCUUGCAGGAGGAGGGUGGCAAAGUCAUGAGCUUGUUCCUGGGAGUUGCUAUUCAUGAGACAUUGGUGGCAGUGGCGCUGGGUAUCAGCAUGGCCAAGACCUCGUUGACACUGAAGGAUGCUGCCAAGGUAGCUGUGACAGUGAGCCUGAUGAUUCCUCUGGGCAUUAGCAUUGGGAUGGGGAUUGAGAGUGCCCAGAACGUGGCCAGCAACAUUGCUUCAGUGCUCCUACAAGGCAUCGCAGGGGGCACUUUCUUGUUUGUCACCUUCUUUGAGAUCCUUGUGAAGGAGUUGGAAGACAAGAACGAUCGUCUCUUGAAGGUCCUCUUCCUAGUGCUGGGCUACGCGGCUCUAGCUGGGCUGGUCUUCUUCAAAUGGUGAGCAUGGAAGUGAUGGAAAGAAAACCUCACCUCCUUCCCCUUGCAAAUGGCACCAGAAAUGAGCCUACUCUCUAGCCAAGGGGGGACACUGAAGCUUAAAAGCCAAGUGAAACAUCACAGUCCAGGUAGUAUCUCAGUAUCGACCUGAAGAAGGAGAAUUAUUUUCUGUGGACACAGAGAUAAAAAUGAGGAAUGUCCCAGUGUAGGUGUCACAAGGUAUUGUCCCUGCCCAUUGGAUCUGCGGGUGCAGCAGCUUGUGCAGAGAUUACUGGACACAAACAUUAAGUAUCUGGUUCUAACACCGCCUUCAAAGAGAGCUUGUCAAGCAUGUCUUUUCCUAUUAAUCUGCACAUCCAACCCCUUCCCUUCCUCCCCCCAUCCCCCCACCCAUUUCAGAAACUUUGGUUGGGAGUUUGCUUCCUUCAGUGUCAGAUUCUGAGAAGGUGAGAAUCAGUAACAGAGAAGUAAAGUCAAAAGCAGGUGGGAUAAUGAGUUGCACAGCUGCACUAAGCUGCUUUUGCUAGCUUAGUUUUGAGCAAAACCUGGUUGUAAUAGCUGCCAAAAAUAACAUCCCUGCUGGGGCUGCUCGGUGUGACUGGUGCCACAGUUUUCUCCUAGUAGAGCUUCCAUUUUAACCCACAACUGGCUCUGGGAGCUUUUGUUUCUCAGAGUGAUUAACUGAAGAAAUGCGGCCAUGCCCAGGUCUUAUACUUCGUUCUCUUUAUCUCACCCAUAUGUUGCACAUUCCCUAAAGAAAUCUUCCUGCUGUAUGUUAAUGUAUCAAUUUGAAAACCUUAACAUCCAUAUCUGAAGGCCCUUCCAAAGCAUUCUGCAAGCCCAGGAUCCAUUAGUUGGUAAGAAAUGGGCAGUAGCAAUUUCCAGCAUUAAUAUUUUAGGGCAAGUGCUUGUGUUGAGAUUGUCUGCAGUGAAAUGGGUUUAGCAGUCACCAUCAAAUGCAUCUGCAGGGAUGCUCCCAGAGCUGCCGUCUCUCGAUGUCAGCUGGCUCCCUGCUUGUACUGACCUGUGAGCGAGAGCUGGGUUCUAGAGGUUCUGCAGGACGUCUUGUCAGUGUUUUCAAAGGAGGAGAGAAAUCUUCUCUCCCCUGAGGGUUUAUGGGCUGCAGGGUAGGGACUGUGGAAGGGCUGAUUAGAGCCAGUUAUAAUCUGACUGAGCUUGCUGUGUCUCCAAGGUGCGUUUCCCUCUGGGAGGCUCAGCCUGCUGUGGAUCCAGUUGUGAUCCUUCGUACUCGUCUUCCUAGGCGAGAAGCUCAAAUCAAAGGCUGGAACAGGAAUGUGCACUUUCCUCUCCCUCCUGUGGUUUGCCCUUGUGCUGCAUGCAAAGUAGCAUAGGGAUGUAGUGCAAGAAAGCAGGCAGGCAUGCUAGCUCAAAAUGUCUGUAGCUCCUGCUCUGCAGAUCCGGCAGAGUAACACAGUCACGCUCCUCGCAGGCCUCUAGUAGGAGAUGCAUUUUAAUUAGACAUAGCCUUCAAUCCUGCAGCAGCUUCCACAGGCAAAUCAAAGCUUUCGGAAGCGUUGAUGGAAUUAUAAUGAUUUAGGGCAGACUAUUCCGUGGUGCAGUCACUGUUAUGAGGAACCAAGUGGCAGGAAAGAUGGGUGAGACCGAGAAGCCAGCAUCUUGGAGCCAGUGGUUGGCACAGCUGCACCAUAUGGAGGCUGAUGAGGAUCAUCUGACGGUUUCUGGUGAUCAGUAUUGUAAUUGUUACAACACACCAAAGUCGAUUAAUCUUGCUUUGAAAAACCUGGAGUGGGAAGGGGGCGGGAGGGUUAUUUUAGGCCUCAGAUGACACAAAUUAGCAAGGCCUGAUUAGAAUGUAAUUUGGCUUGACGUGGUAAACUUCUGUGUGUUAUUUCACUUCUCAGAGAGCACAUGGAGGUUGCAUGUGCAAGACAGCGGCUGUUCCCAUCUCGUGUUUCCUCUCCCUUGCUGACUGUGCUGGCUUCUGUCACAGGCAGGUGGCACACCUGGGGAGAGGUCAGGUGUGGUGCCGUAUGAGGGAGCGAAACACCGUGCGUCUCUUCUCAGGUACAUGUCCUCUUGGAGAGGACAUGUCUGCCCUUGCACUUCUAACGGCCAAGAGAAACCUCCCAGCUCAGCCUAGUUGUUUGCUGUUUAGAAAUAGUCCAUCUUACAAGCGCAGCCCUUGUUCCCAGCACUGGAUCCACCCUCACGUGGAUCGGUGUAAUGGGACAAGCAGCCAAGAAACUGGGCCUUGCUGAGCUGCGGCCCCUUUCCCCGUGUUGUGGAUCUGCUUCGUUUUUGCUUCUCGUGUGUGCAGACUGACUGCAGUUUCUGGGGAUAAGGGUUUUCUUUUUGUUUGUUUUUUAGCUAGGAAAAUGCAAGUGUCUCCCAGAGUAGUAGUGAGGGUGGGGGUGCUGCACGGCAGACCUCAGCAAGGAGGGCUCGGUGAGUACGAGGACAUCAGUGGGUUGUCUCCGAGAGGCUCUGGCUGUUGCAGAGAGAUUGUGCAUGGGAGGUGGGUAAUCCCUGAUCUUACUGUUGUUUAGCUGUGGAGGAUGUGGGAAUGUCUCUGACCUUAUUAAUUUGAGGCUGUAAACAAGAACUUUUCAGGGUGACAUAGUGUCUAGCGUUGGUGAGAAUGGGUUUGGAAAUAGGGACUUGCCUGCAUUUGAAUGAGGGGUUAGCAACAGAGCUCAGCUUUCCUGGCCUGGCCAUUGAGACUUGUUCUCUGACGCACCAGUCUGAUAUACAUACCAGAGCCGUUGAUGUGAAGAGGUUUCUUAAGCAGCCUCAUCUCCAGUGCCCAAAGGGUCAAUAGGUGCCUGUGGAGCGUGAGCAGGGAGCCGAGAUCCCCGCAGGACUCCUGGAGGAGACGGGUCUGGGGGAGACGGCAGAGGGGACCGGGAGCCCCAUCUGCAGGGCACGAGGCACCCGUGGGGCAG